AAUGCAAGAGGUAUUCGAAUGUGGGUAUUCAUCAUUUCAUCCUAUUGCUGAUGAAGCUUAGGAUUCAAAUUGUCCAUAUGAUCAAAACAGUUAUCGACCAGCUAUCUUUGAAAUGAAGGAAUCUGAGUAAAUAAUUAAAUAAAAUUUCAUAACUAAUCAUCAAUAAUAAUCAAAUUAAUUGUAUAAAAAUUUUGAGAACAAUUAAACUAGAAUAGAUUAUAAAAAUUUGCCAAAAUUAAUAGGCAAUCAUUAUUAUAAAUAUAUUGAAUAAAAUAAUAUUACAAAAACAAAAGGUGUGGAAAAUUUUUAUAAUUCUAGAAAAAUUAAAAAAGAUAAAGGUAACAAAAAAGCAAAACAAAUAUCAACUACAAUAUCAGAUUUAAGAGAAAUAUGUAAAGCUGAUAAUUAAUCUAAAACUACUUUUAAGAGAUUUAUAAAAAAAUAAUUGUUUAUUGAUUUGAUACACAGUCCUAAAAUUGAAGAUCCAUUAAAAUAUCUUGAUGGAAUUAGUACUUAUUAUGCUGCUGCUGAUGAACCAGAUAAAAUGAUUAGUAGCCAUCUCUUGAGUUCCAAAAAUGAAACUUUAAAAAAAUGA